AUGUUUUGCAAAUAUUUGUAUUUAUGGCUUGUGAUUCUCUUAAUAUUUAUCGUAUAUAAAACUGAUGGAAGCACUAUUCAUUUAUCAAAAGAUUCCAGAUUAUGGAAUAGUUUUCAGGUCAAACAAUGUCGUCAAAAAUGUUAUACAGAGAUUCUGCACGAAAAUUUUGUAAUGGGAAAUCCAUCCAAUUUCGAUAAAUGUCACAAAAAUCCAGAUUGUUUUAUGUGCUACGAUUAUUGCCAGGCUGUCACGAAGGCUGCUGUGGAUUUGGCCCAGUCAAUGUGUUCCGAUCAGGUUUACUGUUCUAAAGGAUGUCGCAUUGCAUGUCUUUAUCAU